CCAAGGGUCAGGACAAAGCUUCAGCCUGCAGGUACCAGGGACAACAUGGGGCCAGGAGAGACCGUGUGGUAGCCUCCUGCCCUGGCUCUUCUUCCUGAGAGCCGAAGACUGGCAUGACUGAGAAAGGGAGCUAUGGACUUAGACUUCAUAUACCUGCUUUGCCUGGGGCUCUGCCUGUGCUAUGGAGAUGAGGAAGAUGGAGAGGAACUUCCCAGGCCUUCCAUCAGUGCCUGGCCCAGCCCUGUGGUCAAGCGCAAGAGCAAUGUCACUCUGCGAUGCUGGACUCAUUUCCAGAACGUUACAGUCACCCUGGGAAAGUUGCACAGCUCAGAGUACCAGCAAGAGCGGAGGUCAGUGGGGAAGGAGGCCGAGUUCUGCCUCACUAACCUGCAGCCUGAAGAUGCUGGCCGGUAUUUCUGCGCCUACAGACCAGCAGCCUCCCUCAAGUGGUCAGGACAGAGUCAGCAUCUACAGUUGGUGGUCACAGGCUAG